UUCGUUCUUUCAAUAAUUAUACAAAUAACAUAUUCUAACCCAAUAAAAAUCUCUUCAGUGCCUUUUUGUGUAGCGAAAUUCCUAAUUGGGAUGCCAUUUGUCACAAUAUUUCUGAUCUACAAGUAUAGAAGAAGGCACCUGGCAAUGGACAAGAAUAUUGAAGAAUUUUUGCAAGCUCAGAAUAACUUUUUGCCCAUAAGGUACUCUUACUCUAAUAUUAAGAAGAUCAACAAAAACUUUAAGCACAAACUAGGUGAAGGGGGGUAUGGUUCCGUGUACAAAGGAAUGCUUAGAAGCGGCAAUGAAGUGGCCAUCAAGAUUUUGAAGCAGUCCAAGGCCCGUGGCCAAGAUUUUAUCAAUGAAGUGGCUACCAUUGGAAGAAUUCACCAUGUUAAUGUAGUGCAACUCAUCGGUUUUUGCUUUGAAGGCUCGAAACAAGCUCUCGUGUAUGAUCUCAUGACAAAUGGGUCUUUGGAUAAGCACAUUUUUGCGGAGGAAGCUGAUAAGUUUCUUGACUACAUGAAAAUAUAUGAGAUCGCUCUUGGGGUGGCGAGGGGGAUUGGAUACUUACAUCGGGGGUGUGACAUGCAAAUACUACACUUCGAUAUCAAGCCUCACAACAUUCUUUUAGACAAGAAUUUCACCCUGAAAGUUUCUGAUUUUGGACUUGCGAAACUUUAUCCGACGGAUCAUCGCAUAGUCUCGAUGACUAUUGCAAGAGGAACCUUGGGAUAUAUGGCACCUGAGUUGUUCUACAAAAAUAUCGGCGGUGUAUCUUAUAAAGCGGAUGUCUAUAGCUUCGAGAUGUUGCUCAUGGAAAUGGCAGGUAGAAGGAAAAAUAUAAAUGCAAAUGCGGAGCACUCAAGCCAAAUUUAUUUUCCACUGUGGGUGUAUGACCAAGUCAAUGAAAAAGAAAGUGUUGAAAUGGAAGAAGUUGUAGAAGAGGAAAGGGCAGUUAUAAAAAAGAUGAUAAUAGUUGCACUUUGGUGUAUACAAUUUUACCCUGACCAUCGGCCUCCAAUGAACAAAGUCUUAGAAAUGCUUGAAGGAGAUAUUGGUAAUAUUCAAAUGCCUCCAAAACCACUUUUUUACCCAACAGAUGAGCCGAUUGACGAUGACAAAGCAGAGAUGGAAUUAGAAACAUUUUCAACUUCAGCAGGCGCUUCCAUAAUUUCUGCUAGUUUUCCAUUUGGAGGUAGCAAUGAUGUUUAGAACCAUGCACAAUUUGAUUGGAAAAGCUUUGUUCCCCACAAUAUGGUAUUAUGUUGGGAGGGAGGUGAGCUAGUUUAGUUGUACUUUUUUUUUUUUUGGUCGGAGUGUUAUUUAACUUCAUAUAUAGUUUUGCCAUGUGUAGUCCAUACAAUCUCCUAAAUGGGAUGUAUGUUUGGGUUCAUAACCGUGCUUGGGAAGCAUAUUCUAUAUGUUCAUCCAAUGUGAAUUUCAGCUAAUCCAGUUAAUCAUCUAUAAACCAAAUCACUUGUUUUA